UUCGUCCAAGGGAGGUACGGUACUUGAAGAGAAUUCAAUCAGUUAGGUAUGGAGGCGUAAUUACUUGUGUACUGAGCUGUUUAUCUAUUCUUACGGACCAACGACACAAGCCUCACCCAAAUUAAAAUUUCGGCCAAAGUCGAACUGCCAUGUCAUGAGGGCGCCGACCCGUGUCCGAUGGGGCAGCAGCAAACUGAGUACAUCACGUGCGCAGGUUAACAUUUACAGCCUGCAACAACUACUCCAACAACCACUACUACAAUCUCUAGCUGCUGGAGUCAGAGACCCCCACCAACAAUCCAAAAUAAUCCCUAAUAAGCUUGCAUGUUGUGGCGGCACCCGCCAUUACAACACCAGAAUCAUGUCGGGGACUAGGGAUUAUAGGUCAUGGACCAAAGAAGGUCUGAUCAAAAAGAUUAAGCUGCUCGAAUCGCAACUCGCAAGUCAGCAGCGGCAGCAGGGACAAAAUAUUCAGCAGCCUAGACCUAAUACCCCUCCUCACCCAAAAAAAGCAUCACCGUCACCAUCGUCACCACCACCACCAGUAGGAUCAUCUUCAAGUAAACCUUCUGGUGUUGCUGCUGCAACACCACCACCCAAGAAGAAAAAACAAAAAGGUGUUCCCCGAAAUGCCUCGGAAUUCUCAACCCGGUACAUUGCCCUCAAGCUGGCGUACCUUGGCAAAAACUACAACGGUCUCGAGUACCAACCGUCUGGUGCCUUGCCCGCCAUAGAGGAAGAGCUUUGGAAGGCCCUGGUGAAAACCUGCCUCAUCUUUCCGGACCCUGAGCGCGACCCCAGCGAGGUCGACUUCAAGGUCUGCGACUACUCCAAGUGUGGCCGCACCGAUCGUGGAGUCAGUGCCUUUGGGCAGGUUGUUGCACUCCGCGUGAAGAGCAACAAGCCGUUGCGUAAAAAGAAGCAAAGUGCCGUCCAACUGGACCAGGAUGGCUCGGGCGAAGCAGCAUCGGCGUCGACUGGUGCGGUGGAUGCAGCAGGGGCUCAAGUUGUCCCUGAAGACAGCCAACCAGGUCAAGAGGAUGAGCAGGAAGGAGAGGAAGAUGACGCGCCCUACCCUGCAGACAAGGAGAUCAAGUACUGCAAAAUGCUCAAUGCGGUUCUGCCAGUAGAUAUUAGGGUACUCGCAUGGUGCCCAAACCCGCCCCCAGGGUUUUCGGCACGACACUCGUGUCAUGAGCGACAAUACCGAUACUUCUUUACGCAGCCCAUAUUCUCGCCCGUGCCUGCACGCCUGGACGGGGUGAUGGGUUACAAGGAGCCGGGAAGCACGCACAAGGACGGCUACCUUGACCUCGACGCAAUGCGUGAAGCGGCUCGUCUGUUUGAGGGCGAGCACGACUUUCGCAACUUCUGCAAGAUCGACGCGUCCAAGCAGAUCAGCAACUUCAAGCGGCUGAUUCGAGAAGCCUCGAUUGUCGAGGUGCCUGAAGCAGCAUCGUCUCUUCCAUACCUAGACACUCCCGACUUUAGGCCGAGCGGAGAAGACUCACAGGCGCGGCCGAAAGUGUACUAUUUCCAUGUACGCGGCUCAGCAUUCCUAUGGCAUCAGAUCCGACACAUGAUAGCGGUGCUUUUCUUGGUCGGCCAAAGACUGGAGAAGCCGUCUAUAGUGUCAGAACUACUCGAUAUCGAAAAGUACCCUGGCAAGCCAAACUACCCUAUGGCGUCUGAUGCUCCACUUGUGCUUUGGGAUUGUUUAUAUGGCGGCCGUACCCUUCCGGAUGGUUCGACUCAUGGAGAGCUGGAAUGGAUAUAUGCCGGGGCGGACGGCGACAGUCCUGACGAGCUCUACAAUCGCAAGGGUCUUCUCGAUGAACUGUGGGCUCAUUGGAGGGGAAAGAAGAUGGACGAGUUGCUGACCAAUCAGCUUCUCCAACGAGCUGCCACCAUGGUGGAGGAUCCAGAGCGGCAGGCGGCGAAAGCGUCGACAAAACCAGUUGAAUCGGGACCACAGCCUAAGAAGAGCAACAAGGCGCCCAGCCGCAAGACGUUUGAGGGCGACGACUGGUAUAGGCAGGUGGGCAUGUAUGAGCCGCUCGCCCAGAGAUAUAUGUUGGAAACGCCAGAUGAGGUCAAUGAUAAGUGGGCUCGUAGCAAGGGGUUUGAAAGUGCCGUCGAGCUCAGUGAGAAUCCCGAAUGGCGGUCCGUUAUCAAGGCUCGGAAAGCUGCUGCUGCUGCUGCUCUUGCUUCCGAGGCUGCCAAAUGUUCAGGGGCUUAAUGAAGGAAGCCGGGCUGUGGGGUAGAUGGUUGAUUGCAUCUAGGACACCUGUCAAUAGAAUUGAUCAAAUUGUACAUCCCAUGUCGCCGCGAAUAGUCGCGCCAGCUUCUGAUGUCGGUGAUGUUUGC